UUCAGGAUGUCAAACUUGGCACAAUUUGACUCUGAUUUUUACCAAUCUAAUUUUACUAUUGAUAACCAGGAGCACAGUGGUGAUGACUCUAAUGCCUAUGGAAAUCUUUAUGGAUAUAGAAAAUGGCUGGCUUGGAGCAUUUCAAGCAUGCUUUAUCCACUUAGAAGAAGCAAAACGGUGUGUGGACAAUCACACUUCUAAUAUAUUAUCCAAGGCAGAACACUGGAAUUCAACAGGAAAGUGACGGAAAACACCAAAAGCUAGGAAGGGGAAGGAAAAUAGGCAGCAUACAUGGCCAAGACCAGCCAAGAACCAGGAAUGACUCCCCAGUACAGGAGAGGACAUCAAGCUGGUGAGCAGCCUCAGCCUGCCUCUUUUGUUCCAUCAGAGACACUCAUGUCACCACGUUAUGCAGGACAAUUUUUUCAGCCAGCAUCCAACUCAGAUUAUUAUUCACAGUCUCCUUACAUUGACAGUUUUGAUGAAGAGCCUCCUUUGCUAGAAGAACUUGGAAUCCAUUUUGAUCACAUAUGGCAAAAAACUUGGACAGUGUUAAACCCAAUGAAGCCAGCAGAUGGCAGUAUUAUGAAUGAAACGGACCUCACUGGACCCAUUCUUUUUUGCAUAGCCCUGGGAGCCACCUUGCUUCUGGCAGGAAAAGUUCAGUUUGGUUAUGUGUAUGGCAUGAGUGCCAUUGGCUGCCUUGUGAUUCAUGCCUUACUGAAUCUGAUGAGCUCUUCAGGGGUGUCAUACGGCUGUGUGGCCAGCGUGCUGGGUUACUGCCUGCUCCCCAUGGUCAUCCUGUCUGGCUGCGCCACGUUCUUUUCAUUGCAGGGCACCUUUGGAACCGUAUCAUCCCUGGUCAUCAUUGGCUGGUGUAGUCUCUCAGCUUCCAAGAUCUUCAUUGCAGCCUUGCACAUGGAAGGACAGCAGCUUCUUGUUGCCUACCCUUGUGCUUUACUUUAUGGACUUUUUGCCCUCCUAACAAUUUUCUAAAGAAUGUUUGAGACAGCAUUUCAAGACUCUAUUUGCUUGCUGUCCAGAUUAUUUUGGAAAUAAAUUAACAUUCAAAUUUGA